UAAUUGGGAAUUGUUUCAUGGCCUUUUUUACAUAGCAGAAAAAAAACUGCAUUUUUUGUUUUUUUCGUGACUUUAUUUUUGGACAUACGAGUUUUGUCCAUAAUUAAUGACUCUAAAUGUUCAGACAGUAUCAUACGAUUCCCUUAUUCCAAGCGCCUCCUGAUAUUAGCAAACCUGAUAAAAGCCGAUUCCUUAUCAGUUCAAUGGGAGAAAAGCGGAAGAAAACAAUACGACUCUUUAUACUAAAUGAUCAAUAAAACCAUUAUUUAAAUAUAUAAAGCAAAACAAUAAUAAGUUAUUAAAAGAAAAAUGUUUUAUCUUUCUAUGCAUAUAAAUUUCAUUUCAUUAUCUUUUCAGGAUGAUAAGUAUAUAUGCUGUUAAUUGUACAAAUUCUGGGCAGAAAUAUCCCCAUAGCUUAAUGCCGAUUUUCGGACUACUUGCAUAAACAUGUGUUUGUUAACAAUUCAAAUGCGGAUAUUUUACACAUCAUGAAUAUUUAUGAGUUUGACAUCAUCUUGUUCACAAAUGAAUGGACUUUACUACAAUGCUUUCAAAAUUGACAUAGGACCACCCUACGCUGAGAAAAUAGUACUCGACUUUGACGUUGAAUUAAAUUACUUCUGAUGGACCGAACACAAUUUUGGAACAUAGUUAUAAAAGCAAGAAAGUCUAACUUAAAUUAACCAAAAUUAUUUUCCACAAAUGAGAAUUAGGUACCCGCAUCAGCGUUUUCAUUAGGAGGCGGCCGGCGGCCGAUUUGACCGCCUCAAAUGUUAUUUUGGCUGGCUCAAAUUCGGAAAAAAAAAAUCUGCAAAUGUUCACGACGAUGAAUGACGCAUUUUGUGCACACCGGUCUUACUGACCUGUGUCCUAACGCGAAAGGAAUUGUGGGUAUCACUUCUUUUACGAGUGAAAAGUUAAAGCGAAAGUAGGUCAGGUUAUCGUGCUUCUGAUAAUCGCUAUCAGUCUUAAUAGAGAUUCCAAAUUCCAUUUUAACAUAAUAAAAUAACAUUUCUUUAAACAAAAUUCCGUUUUAAACACACAAUAAAAAACGAUUUUUCUUUCAGUAUUAACAUUUUCAUUCCUACGCAGAACUUAACUUUGGCGGAAGCAUAAUUCCCCAAACGGAGGAAUGUAUAGAGGUGACAAUAACGUAGUGACGUCACAAUCUAUGUAUAGAAUGUGAAUGACGAGAUAUUUAGUAUUUGUUUAUAAACUGCCUGAAACGGAAGUAAACAACCCUAACCGAUAUGUGUUAACUGCUGUCUCAUUGGUCGUUUCGAUAUAAUUGUCCAAUCGCGAAGCGUGUAACAUGAGUGUACGAUUUUGAUUAAAGGUCACGUACUGACAAUGUCAACAUGUCUAAAAAAGAAAAAGAAACAACUUUUUCUUUUGUGUUUCGAGUAAGAACAAUAGUUCGCUGUUGACGUUAUUUUGUUCCUGUUUUGUUAACAUUUAUCAUUUACCGGCACCUCCGGAUGAAUGCACUUUCCUGUUACAUUUUGGUUUAAUUUUCGACAAAUUUCGUUGAUGUUUGGUUCCGAUCAUGUCUAUGUUUGGUUUCUCCGCGCAGUUUUGAACCUACGAACGGUAAGUGGAUUUAUUAAUAACCACAUUUACAGGAGGGUAUUAGGAUAAAUGAAACUCUCCAGCCUCAAACUCUCCUGUAUAUUUUCAUGAUUAAGGUCGGAAGUGGCCUAGGCACAAUGCCUAAAAUGCUAAAUAAUAUUGAAUUGGCACUGCAAUGUUUAGCUAUGUCCAAAUUUGUAUUGGAAAAAAUUGGCCAAAAGAAGCUUCCUCGGCAACAUAUUUCAAUCCUAAGAUUGCCUCAGCUGGGGCAACCUAUGCACGAUUUUUUUGGAAAAUCUGCAUUGCCAAAUUUUUCUUAAAACUGCUAUUCUAGAAGAACCUAUGCCCAAAUUUUAUGACAACAUUGUAAUGUCAUCCAUGAUCUUGCACAGUGUCUUCUAUAUUAAAUGGACCAUUUAUACUCUUCUUAAAAAAAAAUAAAGUUCAAAAGUAAAAUUUAAUCUGAAUUGAAGUUCAAAAGUAAAAUUCAAUCUGAAAAAACAUGUUACAUUUCCAUAUUGAUUAUUUUACUAUUUAAGCCCUGAAGCCAAGCAGCCUAUCAAGUCAGCAGUCAAGCUGUGGCUAGACAAGAAGGAGAGGCGGAAGAUUGCCAGGAAGCAGCCAAGGGCUUCAUCAUCAGCACCAGUUCUUACUGUGUUUGGACCCCAGCAUCCACAAGUUAAACUUACACUUGUGGAUGCUGGGGUCGAGACCGAUGUUACUGAGGGGAAUAAUGAGCUGAGUCUGAUUAAGAUGAUAAUUGCAGAGUUGAUGUAAACUGAGGACUUUUUUCUUUGCCAUUCACAUAAAUAUCCUCUAUUUUAACUGAGCAAAAUCAUGUAAAUUAUGUGCCCAAAAUCGCUCAGAAGCCACGAUUUGGCAACUUUUUUUCAAAAAAUUUCCAGGCGAGCAUGCCCCGGACCCCCCUAGCAACUCGCACCUUCGGUGCUCGCACACGUUGGCCUCCUCAAAUAUAACUUAAAAGCCUGCUACAAAAAGUCCUAAUGAAAAUGCUGCCGCAUCUUUAAACAAAGACGCACAUUUAUACAAUUCGACCUCAGUUGACCUCUGCAGAGAGAGGCGCCAUUUUUGUUUUGCUUCCCUAAUCGGUAUCGUUUGUGACAAUCUGAAUUAAUUAAACCAUACACGCUUAACCUCUACAGAAAACAAAAGAAAAGGUUUGUUAUAAUCAUUUUUGAUAUUGUUUGGUUUUAAUUAUGUUUAAAAAAUAUAUAUUAAAACCAGCUUUUAGAAUCGAUAGCAAUGUUCGCUUUUUUUACACGAAAAACACGCGUUAUAUCAAUGAAUAUUUCAGUCCCAUCAGUUGCAUACCUCAAAUAAACGCAUUGAAAUGGUUGAUUAUAGCAAAUUGAAUCGAAACAGAUCAAUAACUGCGUUUUUCUAUAAAUAUUUACGUAAUAAAAUGGGUUGUUUGAAUUGGGUACGAACUUAAAAUUUUAUUUAUCUUGUUCGUACCAUUUUUCGCGAUUUUUGCAAAGAUGUCAAAUUAUGAAGGAUAAUGACAAAAUAGAUGUUUAUUAUGUAUUUUAUUAGUAAAAAACAUAAAUUUUGGUAUGUCUUGUUAUUCUUUUCAGUGUGUCUGGCUAUGAUAAAGGUUUAUGAGUAUCCAGGUGCCUUCUGCAAGACGUGGGACUUCGCUGCAACUCCAUCAUUACCAAAGAAUGACCAGCACCCCAGAAAAAGACAAACCUGAGUACAGUCCGAAAGAGAGCAACCUAGCCAGCUGUAUGAACAUGGAACCUCUAGAUAAUAACCAUUUUCUCUACUGUGGAGAAUGCAACAAGGAGCCAGAAGUGCACUGCCCUGCCCAUGGACCCUAUAACUACAUACAGGACAAAGAGGUGCCAGAAGGGGACCCUCUUAAAGCUGAGCAUACCUUGCCAGAUUGCCUUGAAAUCAAAACAUCCAAAAUAGCUGGAGCUGGUCUUGGAGUGUUUUCUAAGGAGGGACUGCAAUCCAAAAUAAUGUUCGGACCGUAUGGGGGCGCUAUCAUCACCGACAACCACAAGUCAGGAUAUUGCUGGAAGGAUGGCAAAGAGGCCACAGCGACCUCUAACUGGAUGAGAUACGUGAACUGUGCAAUGAAGGAGGCAGAUACGAACCUUGUAGCAUUGCAGAACAAAGAAGGCAUCUAUUACUGCACAUUGAAGCCAGUUUCACCAGGCGAGGAACUGCUGGUCUGGUAUGGAGUCGAAUUCUCCAGAGAACUUGUCCUUAUCAGAGACAAAAACUCACAGAAACACACGAAGAUACAUAAAGGAAAGAGGCAAUACAAGUGUGAGGUGUGUGGCUUAUUAUGCAAACAUAGUAGUAUCUUGAAGAUUCACAUGAGGAUUCAUUCAGGAGAGAGACCGUACAUGUGUGACAAAUGUGGUUUUGCAUGUAACAAGAGUAGUACCUUAAAGACACAUAUGAGGACACAUUCAGGAGAGAGACUCUUCAAGUGUGAGGUGUGUGGUCAUGCAUGUAACAAAAGUGGUAACUUGAAGAACCACAUGAGGAUGCAUACAGGAGAAAGACCGUACAUUUGUGAAGUGUGUGGUAAAACAUAUAAACUGAGGGAUAACUUGAAAACACACAUUAUGAAACACACAGGAGAAAGACCGUACAAGUGUGAGAUCUGUGACUAUUCAUGUACACGUAGUUGUGACUUGAAGACACACAUGAAGAAACACACAGGAGAGAGACUGCACAAGUGACAGGUGUGUGGCUAUUCGUGUAAACAUAGUGGUCACUUGAAGACACACAUGAAGAAAGAUACUGGAGAGAGACUGUACAAGCGUGAGGUGUGUGGUAAAGCAUAUAAAGAGAGUGGUCACUUGAAGACACACAUGAGGAUACAUAUAGGAGAGAGACCAUACAAGGGUGAGGUGUGUGGUUAUGUAUGUAACCAUAGUGGUGAUUUGAAGACACACAUGAGGAUACAUAUAGGAGACUGACUUAAACAAGUGUGAGGUGUGUGGUUAUCCAUGUAACCAGAUUGGGCCCUCGAAAACGUGAAGAAGCACAUGAGGAUAUAUAUGAAUGUAAGGGAAGAAAUAGCUAAAACAUGAACAUUUAAGAAAUCUCUGAAACCACAAGUAUCGGGGCUUUAAUAUUUGGUUUGUAACAUUAUCUAGUGAUCCUCUUCUAAAUUGUUUAACCCUUUGCAUGCUGGGAAAUUUGUUGUCUGCUUAAAUGACGUCUGCUGAAUUUUUAAAAUUAGCAUUUUGUUCAUUUUUUUUAAAGAAUACUAUCAGAAUAGCAAACAGUUUGGAUCCUGAUGAGACGCCACGUUCUGUGGCGUCUCAUCUGGAUCCAAGCUGUUUGCAAAAGCCUUCAAAAUUCGGUUCCAGCACUUAAAGAGUUCGGUCAAACCCCUGGGGUGUAAAAUAGUCACACACCAUGUAUCACAGGAGUAAUAUAGACUUGUAUAGUAAAAUGACUAAACAAACUUUUCUAAAAAGACAAGGCCCAGAGGUGUAAGCUGAUUAUAUAACAAGUAAAAUUGUAUUGUAAUGUGUUACUCCACCAAGUUUAUUAAAAUCAUGUCCCUUAGGUAAAAUGUUGCUGUGUACUAAAGCUUUUUGUUUCUAUUAUAUGUAUAUUGGAAAAACUGCAAGAAUUGUUCUUUCUGAAACUAUAAGGCCAAGAUGUUUUGUGUUUGGCAUGUAACAUCAAAAUAAAAUAUAUGAUCUGCA